AUGAACCCAAACCCUACAGCAAAAUCCGGCUCGCGCCACGAGCUCGACGACGCCUCGCUGAGCAAAUAUCUCGCCGACUCAAAUACUAUUCCAGGGUUGAAGGCCCCUGUUGUGUCGACGAAAAUUGGCUACGGCCAGAGUAAUCCGACCUACUUUCUCGAUGAUGCUGCAGGCACACGCUUCAUCCUGCGCAAGAAGCCAUCGGGAACAAUCAUCAGCCCCGUUGCUCACCAGGUCGAUCGCGAAUUUCGGGUCCUGGAAGCCUUGGGCUCAGUCAAAGGGUUUCCUGUGCCGAAAGUCUAUACGCUUUGCAUGGACCCAAGUGUCAUUGGGACUCCAUUUUAUGUUAUGGAAUUCGUAAAGGGCAGGAUAAUAACAGAUCCCGACCUGGGAUCCCUUUCCCCGUCGGAUCGAAGACAGGCUUGGAUCUCUCUCGUGGAAACUCUCGCCUGGUUGCACAGCAUCGAUCCAGACUCGAUCGGCUUGUCCAACUUCGGCAAAAAGAAAGGUUUCUAUCAACGACACUGCAACACCUUCCAACGCAUAGAGGCUCAACAGUCCAAGGUCAAAGACAUCAACACGGGAAAGGAACUCGGCCGCGCACACGAACAUUACGACGAGAUGGUCGACUUUGUCAGGACCAACAUGACCAGUGACAGGUAUUCCAUCGUCCAUGGAGAUUACAAGUUCGACAACGUGGUUCUCCAUCCCACAGAGCCCCGUGUGAUUGCCAUUCUCGACUGGGAACUCUCCACGAUCGGCCACCCUCUGAUGGACGCCGUCUACGUGAUCGGUCCUUUCUGGAACGAAAUCACAAAAGCCGGCCAUCCCGUGUCCAACGCCAACAAGACGUCGACGACCAAUUCGUAUCAAUCUUCUCCCUAUGCCCCCGCCAACCGCGCCCGAUCCGGCAUGCCCGAGCCCGACGAGCUUCUCGACCGCUACGCGCGGAUUACGGGCUUUGACCCGCGCAAGGAGGGCUCUCCGCCGGGAAAGGACUUUGAGAUCGCGAAGAUCUUCCACUACGUGCGCGGCGGGACCAUCUCGCACGGUAUCCAGGCACGCACCAUCAGCGGCCAGGCCAGCAGCGACUUCUCGCACGUGUAUUUCGAAAAUACCCGCAAGAGUCUUGACGAGGCGUAUCGUAUGAUGCAGCGGUUGAAGCAGCAGAACGGUGGGCUGGGGCAGGGAGCGAAGGCCAAGUUAUAG